AGGCUCGAUCUGCCGACCACACCUGCUUAUCAUGGCGAACCCCAAGGCCGAAGCGAAGAAGAACGAAGGCAACGAGUACUUUAAGCGCAAGGAGUACGCGCCCGCGAUCGACAAGUACUCGGAGGCCAUUGCGCUCGACAGCACCAACCACGUCUACUUCUCGAACCGCAGUGCUGCGUACGCGGGCCUGGGCAAGUUUGCCGAAGCCGCCCAAGAUGGCGAAGCGUGCGUGCGCAUCAACCCGUCGUUCGUCAAGGGCUACCACCGCUACGCGCUCGGGCUCAAGGGCCUGAAGGACUACGCCAAGGCCCUCGAGAUCCUCAAGGCUGGCCAGCGCGUCGACUUUGACAACAAGGACAUCAACAAGCUCGUCAACGAGAUCGAGCCGCUUCUCGCCAAGGUGCAAGCGGCCAAGCGCGCCGGCAUGAACCCGUCCGAGCAGCUCAAGGAGCAAGGCAACGACUUGUUCAAGAGCGCGCAGUUUGAAAAGGCCAUUGGCGUCUACACGGAAGCCAUUGAAGCGUGCGAGAAGGACAGCUCGCCCGUCGCGAUCUCGUGCUACAACAACCGCGCCGCAUGCCACCAGCAGCUCAGCAACUUUUCCGCUGUCAUCCGCGACUGCUCGCAUGUGCUCGACGUCGAGCCGACCAACCAAAAGGCACUGCUGCGUCGUGGGUUGGCGUACGAAGGCCUUGAGCGCUACCGCCUCGCGCUUCAGGAUAUCCGCGCGCUCCUCGCGCUGGACCCGUCCAUCGAUACUGCCAACAAGGCCCAGCACCGGAUCGGUGCGGCCGUGCGCGCCCUCAAGGACAUGUAGAGUCAUCAUUCUUUGCUAAAUACUACUAUACGAGCGCACAACCACCGCGUACAAGCUGUCGUUGUGGCCUCCCCGUCCACCUGCGGUGGUGACAAGCCAAGGGACGCAUAAAGGCAAGCAGAGCGUUCCGACGGACAGUUUGAAGCUGACCAGUGGCGAAGCGAAAGCAGAUUGCCCAGUACUCGAGAGAGCCGACUGCGGGUUUGGAGCAUGCUCCUAUCUAUUUAGUUUAGUUUAGUUUAUACUAGUACAGCUGCACUACAGUGUUAGUAGCGUCUUGGAGACCCUUGGCUGUUCCACGCGUGGUUUAGGGUUGGGCUCGUUCGCGAUCGUUUUAAGCUUAUCGUAUUCUGUAUGGU